AUGUCCAAGAUCCAGGUGUCAGGUGUGCGAUCGUCCGUCCGUGAUGUGCUGAAGGGCGCUGAAGAAAAGAAGCGCAACUUCAACGAGACCGUCGAGCUGCAGAUUGGUCUGAAGAACUACGACCCGCAGCGUGACAAGCGUUUCAGUGGUACAGUGAGGCUCCCACACGUGCCUCGCCCCCGCAUGUCGCUCUGCAUUCUGGCUGAUGCUGCGGACGUUGACCGUGCGAAGUUGAUCUCGCUUGACUUCAUGACCGUUGAUGACUUGAAGAAGCUCAACAAGAACAAGAAGCUUGUGAAGAAGCUCGCCAAGAAGUACGACGCUUUCCUGUCUUCGGACGCUCUGAUCAAGCAGAUUCCACGUCUUUUGGGUCCUGGUCUCUCGAAGGCAGGAAAGUUCCCCUCGCCUGUCUCGCACGCCGAGGACCUCGAAAAGAAGGUGACUGACGUGAAGUCGACCAUCAAGUUCCAACUGAAGAAGGUUCUGUGUCUUGGUGUGGCUAUCGGUCAUGUCCAGAUGACCGAGGACCAGCUCACGGCUAACAUCAUGCUUGCCGUGAACUUCCUUAUCUCGCUGCUGAAGAAGAACUGGCAGAACGUCAAGUCGCUUCAUAUCAAGUCGACAAUGGGUAAGGCUCAGCGCCUUUUCUAA